AUGGAUAUUGGUGAACGGAUUCUUUGCUUUACGGAUUCUUCCUUAUUAGCUGAGAUCCGCGUUGGAAAAAGCAGUAGCAUGAGGACUGAGUGUGUCCAAACAACAAGUACAUUGAAUCCUCCUGGCGAACCGUCAUUUAAUGAAAUUCUUAUCAAUACGGUGAAACAGUAUCGUGUGCUGUACUGCAAUCAACGACGUGCAUAUGAAAAUGUUGAUCGUAACUUAAUUUGGGCUGAAAUUGCAAAUAAAAUUGGUAGGAGAUGUACAGCUGAAUUUGCUAAAAAACGAUGGUUACAAUUACGUGAUCGUUAUCGAAAAGAAUACAAAAUCGCCGUCGCGAACAAUUUCUCGCAACCUCAAAAAUGGAAUCAUUUUCAUCUUCUCGAAUGGCUUAAUCCAUAUUUACAAGGAGCUUUGCCAACUGGUUCUUCGACCAAUUCAACUAAUGGAACCAAUGUGCUCGUAAGAAAUGGUACUUUUGUUGCUUCGGAUAGCAAUUAUUUCGAUUAUGCUGCUGAAAUCGCUGCCCAUGCUCAAAAUAUUAACGAAUGUUAUGGUGCCUGCGAUUCUGAUGCAUUGGAGGAUAUAAAGCCUGAAAUUAUAACUUUGGAGACUAUUCUUGCAGUUGCAGAAGCUUCAGCAAAUGCCAACGAAGACUAUAUGUGUGGUGGAAUAAAAAGUUCGCAAACAAUUUGCUCUGAAAAUGGAAAUAUUAAUGAAGAAUAUAAUGAAAAAAAUGAAGAACCGAUGAAUAUCUCGAAUGAAUCGUCAACGAUUUCGUCAAAAACUUUACCUAUUUCAACCAAAAAUGCACUGGAAGGCAAGAUUAUUAAAAAUUUGGUGAAAUUUUAUUCAAAAAUUCAAAUUUCACUUGCUUCAGAUUCGAGUAUCACAAUGUCUAUAUGCGAUGUGCAAUCACCAGAAUUAAACGUGCCGGAAACGAAGGACGGAGUUGGCGAGCCUAUUCCAACUUCAAAACUUCGAUCAACGGCAUAUUCAACUCAGUUGCGCCUCCGUUCUCGAAAUAUUAAAAAAUAUAAAUCAAAAUAUGUUCAGAGUAGUCCUUUGAUACAAACUUUCGCCGUACCAUCAGUUAGAGCAACGAUUGAUACAGAUUGGUUAAAUUCAGAAGAAAUGCUUUUUGGAAGAAUUGUUGGCCUAAGGCUACAAAAAAUGCGACAUGCUCAAAGAGCAAUGGUACGAAUGAAAAUUAUGAAUUUGCUGGAUAACGAAUUCGAAGAAACUGCUGAAACAGGCUCAAGCGUUAUCGAAUGA